AUGGGUGAUUUUGUUGAGCAAAAAACUUGCAUCAAAUUUUGUUUGCGGAACGAAUAUUCUUGUGCGGACACGUCGAAAAUGUUGCGGAAGGCCUUUGGUGAUCAAACUAUGCCACAAAAAAACAUUCAUAAGUGGUACAACGAGUUCAAAGCGGGUCAAGAACGCGUUGAAGACGAACGUCGCUCUGGACGACCAUCAACAUCUACCGACGAGGACCACGUCCAACAAAUCAAAGAUGUAGUGCUUGAAAAUCGUCGAUUGACAAUUAGAGACAUCGCUUGGCUCAGCCCAAACCAUUGUGAAGGAUGA